CAGUGCCAGCAAAACAUUUCAAGAAUUGUCAUUUUGCGUUGUUAUUUCUUCAUAAAAUGUAAAAUAGAGAGGCAGAAACAUGUUUCAUCGAUUUGCCAACAUACUUCACAGUGCUGUGGAGGCGCUUGCCCCAUCUUUAUCCUUGCAACAAGAUUUCAUUGCACAUUGGAAGGCUAUAACAACAUAUUUUGUUGACAGUAAAGAUAAUAAGGCGCCAAUUGAGAGCACGAACAUCCCGACACAUUUGGAUCACAUGCUGACAGUUCUCAUCCAAGAAGAGAUGAGUUGUGAGAGUGGUAGUACCGGACCAUGUAUGGAGUAUAUGCUCCAUCACAAACUGUUAGAGACGCUCUAUACACUGGGAAGAACGGAUCAUCCUCCUGGCAUGAAACAGCAGGUUCUCAUCUUUUUCACAAAGCUGUUAUCUAAGAUCAAGCAGCCUUUACUGCCCCAUGUUAGUGUUCACAGGGCUGUCAUUAGGUUGAUCAGGGUAUGUGGAGAGGUGCAGGCUGGUCCCACUGAAAAUGAGGAGGUUCAUUUUCUUUGCACUGUUUGUGGGAAACUCAAGUCGGAUCCCUAUCUCGUCAACUUUUUUAUCGAAAGCCAAAAAUCGCGAGCCAAGACACAGCGACCGCCUGCUGGCAGUGGGAAUGGGAAGAAAACAGGUUCUGAGUUCAGUCUUGUUGAGUCGUUGUUAUCUCUCUCAAAGAGUGAGGACGGUCGAGUUGCCGUCAAGUCUUGUGAAGGUCUAAUCCUGUGUGCCAGUCUGCCAGAGCAAGCCUCUGCCUCUUGUCUUGUCAACAACACCAACUUCUGUAAAGAAAUGAUCACCAAGCUUUGCCACUUGUAUGAGAAACUACCAAAGCUUAUAGACCCAACUGAUCUAGAGACAGUGGAGGCGAAGUGGGGGUUGGACAUGCAUAUGAAUGAAUUUGAUCCUAGUCGUAACUUCCCCGGCAAAAGGCAGUUGAUAUCUCUUCUCUCCUGGUUAGACUUCCUCGACCAGAUGAUAUACGUGGCAGACCCAGUCGUCGGGUCGAAACUCGCAGAACACUUCAAAGCGGACUUCCUAGAUGCCAUCAUAUUACCAGCUGUGUUACAAACCUCGGAAAGUGGUGCUAUCACGGCUACAGCCUUCCUCACCAAAUGUCUCAAGCUUGUCUCAUCACCAAGGUUACUGCAAGAAUUUGCUGUGUUCAUCCUGGGCGAGGGGACGAGACCAGAGAACCCUGGUGAGGAAGAUAAACAUAAGUUACGGCAUCAGCUUAUGAAACGCUGUGAUCAUUUGUCAGAAGAGUUAACUAUAACAACCCUAAAGCUCUUCGAGAUGCUACUUCUCAAGGCCAAUGAACACAUAUUUAAAAACCUUUUGUUGCGGAACCUUCUGUAUCGAGACUAUAGGACAAGUGAGGUUGGUAGUAAUGAUAGCGUGUCGUCAGAAACAAAGGAGCCUGAAUCUACAUCGAUGCCGCGUCAAGACUCGAUGGACUCCGAUACGCUCAUUUCUAGUGGUGACCACUCACUGACAGAGAUGGAGUCGCCCAUUCAUAAAAUUGUAAAUAGUUUUCUUGUGCUUGUCCCUGAUGAUGUGAAGUCUUCCUACCAAUGUGCCGACAGUGGCUAUGACACGUAUUUACGAGAUGCUCAUAAACAGUUUUCAGAUUGCGUGCUCCAGUGCUCAGAGUUCAAGUGGCCCAAGCAGCCUGUCGCGGAGGAAGCUUACAAAAGAGACAGUUUUUAUGAGGGAUCUUUCCUUAAGAUUCUCUUUGAUAAAUUGUCCAGAAUGUUAGACCAGAGCUAUGAGAUUAACCUCCAAGUGACGUCUGUGGUAUCGAAACUUGCCUUGCUUCCUCAUCCAAACUUGAAUGAGUAUUUACUGAAUCCGGUUCUGCCGUCUGGCGAGGGGUGCAGGACACUCCAUAAAAUCUUCCAAAAGGUUGUCCAUGACAUUUAUUCUCGUGCCAAAAGUACAGACAAUUUCAAGCAUCAGUUGGUGGACGCCCGGAAAAAGUUACUGGGGAUCGGGGAGAUUAUUAACAGACGUAAACUGAUGAGUAGUAAGAGGAAGGGUGAGAACCACAGUACGUUGGAGGGAGUGAUAGUUUUGGAGGAAUUCUGCAAGGAGCUGGCUGCCAUUGCAUUCGUUAAACAGCAUGAUAUGGUAUCGGACUCUAGACACUGACAAAGAGACAAAUUAGAUCUGAACAUUUGCGAAAUUUGACUGAGAGAGAGCGUCUCAGACUCAAAAAGAGAUGCAAUAACAAUGCAUAAGAAUAUAUUUGUGCUGUCAAUGACGUGCUAUAGAACUUACCUUGUUCCAGAUCAGCGUCCCAGGUGGUGGCUCCCUCUAUGGGUCAUGGGAAGUUGAAAUAGCCAACUUGAAAGGUCAGGCUGAGUCUAUUAGGAAGUCACAUUGUGAUUUGGAACCAGGCUUCAUGACAUCACACACAACAGAGGCUGACCCAACAAGUCAGACAGUUUAUAUCCUUAUAACGGAGAGCCCCCCCUUGGAGGCUGCUCAUCUGGAGAUAGGUGAAUUAUUGCUUUCUGGACCAUAAGGAACUUUUUGUUACCUUCGUGGGACCUAAUGUGUAUUUUCAGAAAUCUCCCUUUUUAAAAACACCCAUUCUCAGGUAUUUUUUCCACAAGAAUUCUUGGCACCAUUAUUUUCUUCGUCUGCUAACUUUGGAGCUAUAUUAGAAGCGGCGCUGCUAACUAAAGCGCUAAAAAUUCAUACAGUUGUGAUGUACAUAAACUUUGCUGGCUGAAUUUGCAAUAGUAGAAGGGUGUUUGGAUAUAGAAGUGCCUAACAAAGCAAUACAGUACCAUACAAUACUGUUCAUAACGCAUUUAUGCUAUUAUUAGUUUCUUCACAAUGUGAAUAUCCUUGGUCUGUGAAGCACCAGUAAUUCUGUCUCUGUGUAAUACAACAACAUGUAGUCCCCCACCUGUAACAUAAUCCAUCCCAAAUAGUCACCCACCUGUAACAUAAUCCAUCCCAAAUAGUCACUGACCUGUAACAUAAUCCAUCCCUAAUCUAACUUUACUCAUUAUUCUAUAGGUUAUGUAAUCGGUAUCAAACUUGUUUCCAUCAUGUGGGUUCUUAUUGAAACAGAUGGAGGACAAGUAACCUGUGAAUCUGGCCCCGCUUUCAACAGUUAAAAUCAGUAAAUGGAUCCUUUUCAGUUGGACCUCUAGUAAAAUGAGAUGUUUAUAAGUCGUGGUAACUUCUCCCAUGUUGUUUAUCAUGUCUUUGUUAUUUACAUUUAUCAACAUGAUUAUUAUUAUAACUUUUUCUAUAUAGCAUAUUUGUAUUAAUAUUUAAGUUAUGUGGUAAUAUGAUAAGUCUUUCAUUUGUUAGUUGGUGAUGAUACAAUGGGUGAUAUCAAUAAAGACUUGUAAAUGCUUCUGCUCCAGUAGUGUACAAAAAGGCCUGAUGUACAUUUACAUUGUAUAUACACAAGGCUUUAAGAUUUGACGCGUCUUUACACAAUUUUUAUCACCCAUUGACUCUUGAAACCUUGUCUGUAUUAACUUUGUCAUAGCCUACAUCAUCCUGAUCCCAGGUGUUCCGUACCACUCAAUACUUUGUCCCUGAGGGCAUCAAGAGCAUCGUUGGCAUAGCCUUGUGGGUCAAGAUGAGCUAUCCUAUGUAUGCCAUGCUAUACUGGGGCAGGGUUGAUACUCAGAUUGACAGUGCUCAGUGUGAGCCAUUGAAACUGAACAUAAUAAUACAAUGUAUGAGCCAUGAAACAUGAACACAAUACAAAGUACAUGUACAUGUAUGUUUAUUCGUAACAAUCUCCACAUAUUAUGUAAAGGUAUUCUAAUUCUGUGUGUACACUAGUACUGUUUGUUGUUGAAGUGAUAGGUUCAUGUUUAAGAGACCAGUGUGAGGAGCAAUUUCAGGAAAAGCUUGUCUCGAAACCUGUUUUUUCCAGCUGUUUUAGUUUUGUAAGGAUCAAGACGAACAGAAGUUUGAUUUAGGGAUGAAAAUUAAUAUGUUGGCAGUAUUUGGUGACAAGGAGUGUUCUUGUGGGUCAGAUGUUUCAAUGAAUAGUUCUGUUACCGACAGCAAGACUUUAGUCCUGUUCUCCAGUGAAAUAUUUAUUUUUUUCAAUUUGCCAUACAUCAGUUUGGGUAAUGUUGUACAUUGAGCAUGAAUGGGAAUGGCUCUAACUUGUGCCUGGUCAGUAUCCCUGAGGGCGACCCAGGGUGUUGCUGACCUAUUUAUUGAAUGAAUGUGUAUGAUGCUGUCGGGAGGUAUGUGUAUGCACAUAAAUACUGCACAGAAGUCCGAGUCGGAGAAUAAAACCUAUUUACAUCA